UGGAUUAAACAUGCAGAUGAACAAGGUAGACCAUACUACUACAGUGCUGAUGGUUCCCGGUCGGAAUGGGAGCUACCUAAGUAUAAUGCUUCGCCACAGCAGCAGAGAGAUAUAAUAAAGAGUAGGAGUCUGGACAGGAGGCUACAGGAACCAAUAGUUUUAACAAAAUGGAGGCACAGCACAAUUGUGUUGGACACCAAUGACAAGGAAUCAUCAACUGCUUCUAAGGCCAGUUUUGCUGAAAAUGAGUCCUCUCCUUCUUCACCAAAGCAUCAAGCCACAGGCCAAGAAAAGUAUGGGUUAUUGAAUGUGACAAAAAUUACAGAAAAUGGGAAGAAAGUUCGGAAGAAUUGGAUGUCAUCAUGGGCAGUGUUACAAGGCUCAUCACUGCUGUUCACUAAAACCCAAGGAAGUGGAACUGGCUGGUCAUUUUGCCAAGGGAGCUCAAUUCCUGAGCUCUUGCUCUCGCUGCUUUCUUCUUGGAAAAAUGCUCUCAGUCGUCGACCUGCUGUCACCUAUGUAAACUCUGACCAAGUUUCAGCUAUCACUAAGUUUGGCGUCAAUCAGUCUAAGCCAGAAUUUACAGUGGAUCUCAAAGGGGCAUUGAUUGACUGGGCCUCAAAGGAAAAAUCCAGCAAAAAGAAUGUUAUUGAGCUGAAAACCCGCCAAGGAACUGAGCUCCUAAUUCAAUCUGAUAAUGACAGCUUUAUUAAUGAAUGGUAUAAAGUUCUUAACUAUACCAUCAACAAUCAGGUAGUGGAGUCUGAUGAAGCAUUAGAAGAUGAGGUACCAGAUUCCCCUGGGGUGGAAAAACAAGAUAAAGAAAAAGAGAAAGAAAAUAAAGACUCUAAGAAACUUCGUUCAGUGAAAGCACCUAGCAAUAUCGAUUCCACAGAUCAGAAGAAGACCAAAACAAAACUGAAGAAGUUUCUUACACGGCGCCCUACAUUACAAGCUGUCCGUGAAAAAGGCUACAUUAAGGAUCAAGUGUUUGGUUCCAAUCUCACCAGCUUGUGUCAAAGAGAAAACAGCACGGUGCCAAAGUUCGUGAAGCUGUGCAUUGAGCAUGUAGAGGAACAUGGAUUAGAAGUUGAUGGCUUAUACAGAGUUAGUGGCAAUCUCGCAGUGAUACAGAAGCUAAGAUUUGCAGUCAAUCACGAUGAAAAACUAGAUUUGAAUGAUAGUAAAUGGGAAGAUAUACAUGUAAUCACUGGAGCUCUGAAGAUGUUUUUUAGGGAAUUGCCGGAACCGCUGUUUACUUACAAUCACUUCAAUGACUUUGUUAAUGCAAUUAAACAAGAACCAAGGCAGCGUGUCCAUGCUGUUAAAGAUUUAAUCAAACAGUUGCCAAAACCAAAUCAGGACACUAUGCAGGUGCUCUUUAGACACCUGAAGAGAGUUGUAGAAAAUGGAGAAAAGAACCGAAUGACUUAUCAAAGUGUAGCAAUAGUUUUUGGUCCAACCUUACUAAAACCAGAGAAAGAGACUGGUAACAUAGCAGUCCACACUGUGUACCAGAACCAGAUUGUAGAAUUAAUUCUACUGGAAUUGAAUUCCAUCUUUGGACGCUGACGUCUUUCUUGGAGUAGAAACUGGAAGUGAUGGGCUGGCAGCAGUACUCCAUCAGAAGGAAAAUCUCGCACUGUACAUGAUGAGUUAUGUUUGUGGACCAAGCAGCAACUUGUUUUUUGCACUUUUGAAGAGGGAAGAAACAGGAGACAUGUUUGACCACUUUAAUGCGAAUUAAAGACAACAGUUUGUAUUUCUUUGAAAAGUUCAAUGUAAAAAGUGAAUUGAAAAGUUUAUAGUUUGCCUUUUCUAAGUAGCAUUGGAAAAAUGUAAUAUAGGUGCAUA